AUGUUGUGCAAUGUAUUCGUUUCCUCAAAUACGGUUACCAGUUUACCACAGGGAGCUCUUCAAGCGGCGAAGCAAUCCGGAAAAGUGUUGGACGUUUUCUUCUGUCUUAAGCUCUUAGAAGCCACAGGAAUCUCCACAGUGCCUGGCUCUGGAUUUGGACAGAAAGAAGGUCUGUUCCAUCUGAGGACAACGAUCUUACCUGAAGAAGAGAUCAUGGACAGUUUUCAAGAAGUUCAAUGA